CAAUCUACUUUGCUGUUGACAGAUACCCAAGUAACAGACCCCAUAUUUUCAAGUCUUUACCUUGGUUCUGCGUGCAGCUGUCUGACCGACCAGAGGCAAGUCAGCGCUUGAAGCAUGUCGUCCAAACAAGAUGAGCAUUUUCGUAUCCUCCUCCUGGGAAAGUCUGGUAGCGGGAAAAGUUCUACAGGAAACACGAUUCUUGGCGAAGACAGGUUUAAGACAGGAUCAUUUUUGACAGGAGUGACUAAGGAUGCAGAAAGAUAUGUGGUGACCCACAAGAGGCGGACUAUUGAGGUAAUGGAUACCCCGGGUCUUUUUGACCCUCAACGAACAAAUGAAGAAAUCGGAAUGACGAUAGUUAAAGCUGUCAGUGGCUUACAUCCGGGUCCUGACGUCUUUCUCUACGUCGUCAAGCUUGGCCGUUACACAAAAGAGGAGUUCCAGACAUACCAGCUACUCCUCAAGAUCUUCGAAAGCCAGAUGGCCAAACACAUGAUCCUUCUAUUUACUGGUGGCGAUAAUUUGAAAAGAGAUAAGAAUCAUCCAGAAGAUUCGCUAAAGGAAAUGGGAGACGAUUUCAGAGUACUCCUCAAUGACUGUAACAGAAGAUAUAUUGUGUUCGAUAAUACUGCCUCCAAGAAAGAGAAGAGCAAACAAAGAAAGGAUCUGCUGGCGAUGAUCAGACAGAUGAUGGAUAAGAAUGGGGGUCAAAAAUAUACGUGCGAUGUACUAAACAAGAUCAACAGCAAGAUAGAGGAGACUGUGAAGCAGAGGAUGGCUGAAGCUGACAAAGAGUCUGUUGAGAAGACCGAGUUCUUUCAAGAAUACCAGAAAAGAAUCAAGAAGGAUCAGGAAGAAUACGAAAAACGAAGGUUAGAAGAAGAGAAUAGUGCCAAAGAAAGGAUACAGAAAGAACUGGAGGCUAAACUGAAAAUGUUUGAAAAGGAAAAUCAAAAGAAGGAAGAAGAGCUUCGAGAGAUGAAGAAAAAAGAGAAGCAACAGAUGGAGAAACAGAUGAAAGAGAUGGGCAUUCGACAGACUGAAGAAAUAGAGAAGUACCGAAAGGAUUUUGAGGAAAAGAUGAAGGAAAGCAAGAGAGAGAUGAUAGAAAAUGCUCAGCGAGAAAAAGCGGAGCUAGAAAAGCAGUUACGACAGAAAAUAGAGAAAGAGAACAAGGCAAAUCAAGAACAGUUAAAGAAGGAGAUGGAAGGAAAGAUGCAAGAAAUUGCCACAGAAGUGAUGAAGGAAAGAGUGAAUAAUGAUCAGGAGAAAAACUGGGUGGCUGAUGCUGCGAAUGGAGUUUUGAAGCUCGCUUCGGGAUGGCUUUUUGGUGAAAGAGCUAGAGUGAGUGGGCUGUCAAAUUAGUUGGUUUUCUACAUACUGUGCAAACAAUAACCUAGGAUUAGUAACAAAACAUGUAUUUAGAAUAAACAAGACAUAUCUAAAAUCUCAUCAAGUCCAACUUUAUUAUCUGUUCGAGGAAGUCCAAGACAAUUUUUUUUCUUUUGCUAACACACCCAACCACAUAUACAAACAAAAUAUGAGUAUAUAUACACACACACACAACAUAAUGGGCUGACAUACAUACCCAUACAAGACAUUCAACACACACGCACACCUACAUCUUCUCACACAUACAUGUAAACCUCCUAAGGAGGAUGCCAGGUAGUAUGAUAGUAUAGUACGAGUCCUUGCACCUUUUAUUGAGGAUGGCGGUGGCUGCUGGCACCAAGGACCUUUGAAAGUCAGUUGUUCGCGCACGUGACACGUUGUAGCGCCUGCCCGAGGGCAACAACUGAAAGUUGUGAUGGAGAGGGUGAGAUUGGUCUGAGGGGAUGCUAUGUACAUUUUUCUUACUGCAUGAAGGUGCAAGUCAGACCGUGGCAGUGGUGCACCAGUAAUUUUAUUGGCCUGGUGGAUGACUGGCCAGCCUCGCUUUGUCUUUGACAAGUAUGUGACCAUACCAGGCGGCGAUGUUAAAUGUGAGUAUGCUGUCAACAAGAUACCUGUAAACAGUCCCCAAAAUCCCAGACCUGACAUUGAAGCUGCUGGGUUUUCUCAAAAGGCACAGACUUUGCUGGGCCUGAUAUAUAUAUAUAUGAAAUAUGAAACAGCCCACACUUUGUUCAUGCUUUGUUUCUUUUCGAAAAUUGUAAAGACCAGAAACAAUUAAAAGAUCUAUCGUAGUAUAAUAAUAAGUAGCAACACUAAUAGUAAUAAAAAGUAAAUGUACGUUUUUUUCUGUCGAAGCUAUACGUUGGACUAUUGCUAUGAUCACAAAGAGUGGAAGCUUGAAAGUCAGCAUUUUAUCUUCCUCCUUCUCGAUCUCGUUUUCUACAUGGUGAAGUAGUUAACACUUGACUGCUUGGUUACCCAGUCACGUCCAGACGAAGAGCGGUCCGGUGGCGCAACGGUUAGCGCUGUUAGCGCCUGUCACCAAUACAGUGAAGGUUGGCUGCCCUGAGUUCAUUUCUCUUCUCGGGCACGCUGAUCUUUCUCUGCACGUGGCAUCUGUUUACAGGGCUGGCUGCUUGCCGUAAUAUAGCCUUAGCUGCUGACACGGCGUAAAACACCAAUCCCCCCCCACACACACACACACGUCCAGACGAGUGUCUUGCGCGAUUCUAACGGCCAGGGUUAGGGUGGCACGGGUGGGGGCUCUUUUAUCACGUGACGAGAGUAUCAGUCGACAUUUUCCUUUUCAGCGCAUGGGCGGGUCACGGCGGGUCCUAAUUAGUGUUUGUCUCAACAACUAAAGGCGGUGAGUAGUCUACCCGGAACACAGUCAGGAAAUCUGACAAAAGUAGUUAACAACAGGGGUGGCCAGCGAUGGACAAAGAAAGGUGCAGACUGGUCAGAAAACUCGUUUUCCGAGCCGUUAGGGUGGCGAACGGAGGUAAGUCUCAAGUAGUUUUCUUCUGGAGUUUUUGCAGACAAACGUAUUAUUUACUCGAGGACAGUCGGUAUAUUUAUUGUGUCUGGAAAGGUCCCUGGACUAUUCAUUCAUUUCAUUUCGUAGCUGGCACCGAAGGUCAGUCAGUGCUGUUAAACAUGAGUCAUGACUGCUGGCAGGUACGAGUAGGAAAACAUCGCAUACACAUGUAAAGAUUUAUACCGCUGCCUCCUCACCUGUUAAUAGCUUGCGUUUGCAAAUAUUUGAUACAUGUAUUAAUAUAGCACACACGACAUGAACCACAUACUGAAGAGACAAUAGUAUACCUUUGACAUAAUUUAAUAGUUCAAUUCUUAAUUGCUUUGGUAAUUUUCAAAUCAUGAAAUGUAAAGGAUCGUUGAUAUGACAAUUUUAGAUAAAUUGUAUUUUUUUAUUUUGCAUACUUUCUGUUCAUGAACAAUUUUUUUUAAGUAACUAUUAUUUGUAUGUGCAAAUGUGGGCCAAAUACAAAUAGUAAAGACUUUUAGAAAAUGUCAUCAUGCCACUCAUAAAUAAUGUAAUCAGGCCAUUUAUUAAAUUAUGUAAUAUGCCCCUUGUUAAAUUAUUCUGGUCUAUUAUCUGUUUCACUUUGGGAAAUCUAUGGAAUCAUUUAAGUGUGAUUCAAAGCAACACUCACUUGUUGAAAAAUCACAGGUGAUGUAAGAAAGAGAUAGAGUAAUUAUGUGAUGCUGGAUACACGCAGCAGCUUGACAUCAAAACACCUGCCAGAUGGCGCGUCAAGGGACAUAACCAAAUAUUUUUGUGUCGGACGGAAAAGCCUCCUAUCGCACCACUUUAUUAUCAUCAAAGAUAAUGAUUAGAACAAGAUAUCUCAUUACUCGAAGUUUUCGAUGUAAACAGCAAUGAUCACAUUGAGAGGAGCGACCCUAGUGGUCAAUUGAUACUUUGAUUCAGGGGACAUAAUUACCUAAAAUAGGAGCUGAGAUUUUGUUUGUAUAUCGUGAUAUGUUUUAGUGUGUAUAUAUAUUAUCUUUGAAUUGUUUCUUGUGUGUCAAUUUUUUUUAAUACAUAAGGGCAAACGAAAGGCAUCGCCUGCCCAGAUUUGCAGCACAAAAGGCCUACGUUGUAGAUGUUUAAGAGAAUAUUUAUAGCGAUCUUUUUGUUGACAACAUUGCUCUGUAUUCGAAAUAAGUAACACAAGUAGACCCACUGGGUCAUUAGUAACGUAUAUGUAACAGUCGGCCUUACUGAAGUGAAGUGAAAAUAAAUUUCGAUCAGGAACAUGAUGAAAA